ACUCGAGUAUGAGAGUCAAGUAGAAGAAGAAGCUUCGACACAAACCCUCUUCAAUGGCGUCUUCUUCUUCUUCUGUAGUUUCGGAGAGAAGGGGAAUUCCAGCAGCUGCUUUCGUAGAAGACGUCCAAACCUAUCUCACCCAAUUAGGCCUCGAUGUCAACUCAUCGCUUGCUUUUCUUCAAGAAAGACUUCAGCAGUACAAGUUGGUCGAAAUGAAACUUCUCGCUCAGCAGAGGGAUCUUCAGGCCAAAAUCCCCGACAUUGAGAAGUGCCUAGAUAUAGUUGCGGCAUUGCAAGCUAAGAAGGGUACUGGUGAGGCGUUGAUUGCUGAUUUCGAAGUUUCCGAGGGAAUAUAUUCACGGGCUCGAAUUGAGGAUGCAGAGUCGGUCUGUCUAUGGUUGGGAGCAAAUGUCAUGCUAGAGUAUUCUUGUGAUGAGGCAAAUGCUCUUCUACGUAAGAAUCUUGAAAAUGCUAAAGCGAGUUUAGAAGUCCUUGUUGCUGAUCUGCAGUUCUUGAGAGACCAAGUGACAACAACCCAAGUUACACUCGCUCGGGUAUAUAAUUGGGACGUUCAUCAGCGAAGGAGUAAGCAAGCUGUGAAAGACACCUGACCUUUGAGGUGGAAGCAGGCUUUUAGCUGAGUAUGUUGUUCAAUUGCCCUUUGUUUGCUUUCUUAUUGAAAUCGGGAUGGUCUUGAUUGCUUUGCCACUCCCUACUUAUAUUGGGCUGUGAUUCUACUUAGUAUCUGGGAAACUGCUGAUUGGUGUUUGCAAGCCUGAGACAUGAAUCUAUACAUUCAGAGAAGUUGAUGUUUCUGUUGAGCCAUCUGUCUUCUGUGCGAUCAUCCAGGACUCGUUUCAUCCCUUUGAAACUUAACAUUUAGCUCCGUAGGAGUUCCCAACAAAUGAAAUGAGAAAGAUUGAUUUGAUUUUCA